CUCUGGUGUCUUCCGAUCUCUGAAGCUGGGGCUGCAUGCGUAGCUGUGAGGAACCCCGCUGGGGUUGGGGCCGCUAUGACCCCAGCCCCAUUCUCUUCCUGAGUCUUCUGUCCGCAGCUCCAUUUGGCCUGCUGGGGGAAGAGACCCGCCAGGUGUCUCUGGUGGUCAUCCCUAACGAUGUGGGCCCCCCCCAGAACCUGCUUCAUAUCCGGGCAGUGGGCACCAACUCCACGCUGCACUAUGUGUGGAGCAGCCUCGGGCCUCCAGCGGUGCUGCUGGUGGCCACCAAUACUCCCCACAGCAUCCUGAGUGUCAACUGGAGCCGCCUGCUGUCCCCUGAGCCUGACGGGGGCCUGAUGGUGCUCCCUAAGGACAGCAUCCAGUUUUCUUCUGCCCUUGUCUUUACCAGGGUGAGGAGGUUGGGGGAGAACCGAGGGGAAGAGGAGAAGGUUCAUCAAAUUAGAGGAACGGAAGCCUGGCUAUUUGAGUUCGACAGCACCAACUCGUCUGAUGUAGCAGCAAAGCCUCCAGGAAAACCAUACCCCCCAUACGCCUUGGCCGACUUCUCCUGGAACAACAUCACUGACUCACUGGAUCCUGCCACCCUGAACGCCACCUUUCGAGGCCACCCCAAUCAUGACCCCACCGGGGCUUUUGCCAAUGGCAGCCUGGCCUUCAGGGUGCAGGCCUUCUCCAGAUCUGGCCGAUCGGCCCAACCCCCUCGCCUCCUGCACACGGUGGACACCUGCCAGCUAGAGGUGGCCCUGAUUGGGGUCUCUCCCCGAGGAAACCGCUCCCUUUUUGGGCUGGAAGUGGCCACCUUGGGCCAGGGCCCCAACUGCCCCUCACUGAGAGAGCAGCACUCCAUCGACGAUGAAUAUGCACCGGCUGUCUUCCAGCUGGACCAGCUACUAUGGGACUCCCACCCAUCAGGAUUUGUGCAGUGGCGACCAGUGGCUUUCUCCCAGAGGCAGGGGAGCCGAGAAUCAGCCCUUCCCUGCCAAGCUUCCCCUGUUUAUCCCACCUUGGCAUACCUUCUCCCCCAGUCACCUAUUGUCCGAGCCUUCUUUGGGUCCCAGAACAACUUCUGUGUCUUCAAUCUGACCUUUGGGGCUUCUACAGGCCCUGGUUACUGGGACCAACACUACCUCAGCUGGUCGAUGCUCCUGGGUGUGGGUACCCCUCCAGUGGAUGCCUUGUCCCCGCUUGUCAUAGGAAUCAUGGUGGUGGCCCUGGGUGCCCCAGGGCUCAUGCUGCUGGCAGGAGGUCUGUUUCUGCUGCUGGGCCCCAAGAGGUACUCAGAAUACCAGCCCAUAAAUUGAAGCCCAUUCUUUAAAGGGCUUCAAUACUACUGGACCUGUGUGCUGUGCCUCAAACCCCUGCAGGUUUGAGGGUCAGUGUUCCCAGCCAGCUUCUCCCAUCUUGCUUUACUACAGAAACUCAGAGACUAGCCUCAAGUCCUGGGAACCACUGGGUGGGGCUUCCUUCAGACUCUGGAGAGGGACCAGGGACAGGGUUAUUGCUGGAGAGAGGGUGCCCUUAGAGUUGGCUCCCUGCCCCUCCAGCCCCCACUUCUCUAGGAUGGGACUCACAGGCCAAAAUGAAAGGCUUUCUGAUGGCUGCUGCCUUGCGGGCAUGAAAUAGACUUAUUUUUUCCACAGGG